AUGCCCACCCCAAACUGCUCCCUUGAGACCCUCUCCAGUGUUGACUCCAGUGCGUCCAGUGGCUGCCCUGACUCCUUUCUGCUCUGUGGGAUGAACAUCUCUCUUUUGGCUAAUGCUAGCUCUGCGGACCUGGAUGAGCUAUGUUUGAGUGAAGACGAGUACCUAGCUCUUCACUUGGGACCCCUCCGGUCGCCCAUCUUUGUCCCCGUCUGCAUCACCUACCUGAGCAUCUUCCUUGUGGGGGUCCUGGGUAACUCUCUGACCUGUGCUGUGAUUCUGCGCUAUAAAGCCAUGCAGACGCCCACAAACUUGUACCUGCUAAGCCUGGCCCUAUCAGACCUACUCGUACUCCUCAUGGGCAUGCCUCUGGAGCUGUGGGAGAUGUGGAGGAGUUAUCCAUUCCCGUUAGGAGAGGGCGGCUGCUACUUCAAGACUUUUCUAUUUGAGACAGUUUGUUUUGCAUCUGUGCUUAACGUCACUGCUUUAAGUGUGGAGAGGUAUGUAGCAGUCGUACAUCCAUUAAAGGUGAAGAGCCUCUCCACCCGUGCCCAUGUCAAAAGGGUGAUCGUGAUGCUUUGGGUGAUGUCCAUGAUCUGUGCCAUACCCAAUACAAGUUUACACGGGAUCCUCCUUCUACCACCUAAGUUUGGACGCCACUUUCCACGCUCGGCUAUGUGCUAUCUUUUGAAGCCCACCUGGAUGUACAAACUGACCAUCCUCAUCUCAGCUCUGGCGUUCUUCGUGCUCCCAGUGCUGGUCAUGGGAGCGCUGUACCUCCUGAUUGGCCUCACGCUUUACAGGGAGAGGGGCAUGAGGGACCCCUCCGCCAUGCUUGGAGUGGACAGUGUGUCAGAAUCUCACAUGCAGAGGCUGGGCAGACGCAAUCUGCAAGUGACAAAAAUGCUCUGUGUCCUCGUGGUGGUCUUCAGUCUGUGCUGGGCCCCCUUUCAUGUGGACCGCCUCAUGUGGAGCUUUCUCGACACUUCGUCCGAACUGCACCUCAUGAUCUUUGAACCGGUGCACAUAGUCUCCGGCGUCUUCUUCUACCUGAGCUCUGCGGUCAACCCCGUCCUCUACAGCCUCAUGUCCACGCGCUUCAGGGAGAUGUUUAGCCAUCUGACCUGUCCACAUUCCAGUUGGAUCAACCGCUCCAGUCUGCGCCUCACCCAGCGCAGCACACUGAGCCACAAGGCACCAAGUGAGACCAAGGGACUGUCAUAG